AUUAUCCACUGCUUGGCAGCACUUCUGAGCUGUCAAGUGUAGUGUGAGGAUUAGGCCAAGCGAGAAAUUUUCUUCAAUUAAAAAUUUUGGAUUAUUUCCUUUGCAAUAAGCAUUAAACGAAUAUAUUUAAAACAUGGCAUGCAACGCAAACAAAGUCCCAUUCCUUCGUACAAUUGCAAAGCGCGGUUUGGCCACAAACCAAUGUCCUCGACCAUUGGGUCAGGCAGCUGAAGUGAAAACUACUGUGUUAAAUAACAAAUUAGUGGUUGCCACUGCCGAAGCCUCUCUGCCUAUUACGCGUGUGUCCAUUGUCUUCCGUGCUGGAUCGCGUAAUGAGAGCUAUGAAAAUCAAGGAUCAGCGCAUUUGCUACGUAUUGCUUCUGGCUUAUCUACAAAAAAUACUACUGCUUUUGCUAUAACUCGUAACAUCCAACAAGUAGGUGGUAGCUUAAGUGCAACAUCCGAUCGGGAACUAGUUACAUACACUGUUGAAACUACUUCCAAUCAAAUCGAGACAGGAUUGCGCUUCUUGCAGGAUCUUGUUCAGCCAGCUUUUAAGCCUUGGGAACUGUCUGACAUCGUGUCCCAAGUUAAAAGCCAAAUUGCAUCUGUAACCCCCCAGGAACGCGCUGUAGAAUUGUUGCACAAAGCAGCUUUUCGUUCGGGUUUGGGCAAUUCGAUCCAUAUACCAAAAUUCCAAAUUGGAAAAUUGUCGAGCGAAUCACUGUUGCACUAUGUGAAUAAUAACUUUAUACCCAGCCGUUGCGCCGUUGUUGGUGUUGGCAUUGACCACAACACUCUGUCCGGUUUUGCACAAAAUCUUGAAUUGUCCUCGGGAUCUGGAAAAUCGGACUCUGCCAGCUAUUAUGGCGGUGACGCUCGCAAGGAUACAGCCGGCGUUAUUUCCCAUGUCGCAGUUGCUGGUCAAGGUGCCUCAUUGUUGAACCAAAAAGAGGCUUUAGCAUUUGCUGUUUUAAAGCACGCUGUAGGUGCUGGAGCUGCUACCAAACGAGGCAACGUAAAUGGUCCCUUCGGCAAAGCUAUACAAGGAGCCGUAACCGAUGCUUCUAUUUCGUAUGCACCACUUAAUGCAUCCUAUGCUGAUGCUGGUUUGUUCGGCUUUCUAGUUUCUACUGAUGUUCAACACAUUGGCAAGGCGGUGGAUGCUUUGACACGCGCUUUGAAGUCGGGCUCAGUAUCGUCUAAUGAUGUAAACCGUGGAAAGGCUCUUCUAAAGGCUGCGUUGUUGGAGAGCUAUGCUACAGACAGCUCUUUGAUCAAUGAAAUCAGUGUUCAAGCUGUUCAUACUAAACAGGUGCACAACAUUGAAGCGUUGUUGUCGGCUGUAGAUGGUGUGACUCAACAGGAUGUCCAGCAGGCUGCCAAGAAAGCGGGUUCGUCGAAAUUGUCCGUAGGAGCUGUAGGCAAUCUAGCCAACGUACCAUAUGCGUCAGAUCUGUCUUAAAUGCAUAAUUACCUGAAAUAAUGAUAUGUUAAAAUUAAAAACCAAAAGAUUUAGAUGGUAAAUAAAAAUCCCUUUGAUCUUAUU